AUGCAGCCCACCUCGAAGGAGGUCAAAGUGAGGUACUGGACAUGCAAGCUGUGCGAGUACAGCAAAAACACGGAGGACAUGACUGAAUGCAAGAACUGUGGCCGUCCACGUGGCUACAAUCCAGAAAGGUACCAGCAGCGAUUGAAGGAGAUUCGCACAUGGACGGAGGAGGACGAGCCAGAAGAAGAGGGCGGAAUCGUGGAGUAUUGCGGCCUCAUCGUAGGUCUGUUCAUCCUUCUCCUUAUCAUAGCCAUCCUGGUCUGGGCAUACUACCAGGAUCAGAAGGAUCCUGGCUUGAUGCAGAGACCUUCAACUGUCGCAGAGGUUGUUCCCUCUCACUGCAUGAAGUGGCGAAGCCUCGUGCAGAACAAGGGCCAGAAGAGCCAACGCGCUUUGAUCACGAACUUGAUUGACUUGGCCAACCUGUCUGCAGCAGUUUCCUCCGAGUCCUUCGAUCGCUGUAGGUGGUCCAUUGCUGCUGGCUUAGUCAUGAGUCGGGCAUUCUUGUCGGGGGUGAGGAUCCUGGAAAUCCAGGAAAUUUGCGUGGCACUUGGCAAUCGCUUGAUGCCCACAGCAGGGCCUGCUGUUCCACUUCGGCCUAUGGAGCUGAGGGAGCUUAGCACAGAGGUCCCACGGGAGCCUUCCUGGCCUUCGGAUGGGCCUUCGUCAUGGAAGCAAGCGGAGGCCUCCACGCCGACCUCCGUCUCCUCAGGAGCUCAGGCAGCUGCUGGUGAAAGCCACACGUCCGGCACUGCACAGGGCUCCCGAUCAGACAACCCGGCAUGGGAAGCUUCGCCGAGCUCCAAGGUGGAGGCGGUUGAGGUGCCUGAACCUGACAACAAACACAAGUGCACGCCCAAGAAUCCGUUCUGGGUGCAGCCCGAGGUCAUUCAAAAGAAGCCGAGUUCUCGCAGGAGCCGCCUGGGCCACCACCAAGAAGGUUGCGAUGGCCUGAACCACUACCUUUCUGGAGCGGCACCGCUGCGGUGUCUCAGUGAUGUUGUCGAUGCCGGUGAUCGAAAUCACGAGAUCGAAAUUGCGGAGGAAGAGCUGACGACGGUGCAUAUAAGCAGCUGGGAGCAGCGCCUGGACUGGAGAAGCUUUCUCAGCGAGGCUGUGGCUUCAAGCCUGGCUCGACAAGCCUUCAUGAAUUUCGAUGUCGAGGCGGAGCCUCCGGCAUAUGCAAGACCACCUCCGUCCUCCAAAGAGAGUUCGAAGCAACAGACCGGCAACCGGUGCGUUGCACCUGAUGGCUCGGGAUGGAUGCCCAGCUGA